AUGUCUUCUAUCUCCAUCAGACUCCCCAAAGUCCAUCCUAGCGAAGGAACAAAGUGCGCCCCACCAACCGACUUCAUCCUCGGGACAUGGCACGUAACCCACUCCAGCCUCCCUUUGUGGAAAGGCAAGCGCAACGUCAACAUCACCUACUCCCUACUCCCUGCAGAUUCUGCCGCUGCACAAAAGAUCGACGACCUGGUACAAUACCAAGCCAUUGACUCUGAGAGAAUCAAAUCCGUCCACGGCAUCGACACCCCAACGCCAGGUAACCCCGGCGCCUGGGAUUGGCGUGGCAAAGGCUGGCUGAGGAUCGCGAGCUCGCACUGGGAGUGUCUCGGGUUCGGUCAUGAUGGCGGUAAUCAGUGGAUUGUCACGUACUUUGAUAAAACGCUCUUCACUCCUGCGGGCAUUGAUAUCUACUCUCGGAAUAAAGAGGGUCUUACACAGUCUACCGUCGAGCAGAUACUCGAUGCUCUUAGGGGGCUUGGGGUUGAAGAUGUUACCGACCUCGUUAAUAGCGUCUUUGAGAUCCCUCGGAACUAG